AAGGUAGCCCGUAAAUCCGCCGAACUUCCGGAUUAAGUAAAUCCGGGAUUUAUGGCAAAAAGAGGGACACGGAGGAUUUAACUCGUGCAGUUUUCUAAAUCCUGUUUGAUUGGAUAACAGCCGCAUAGAGUUCUGAAUAUUUGCCGUUGAUUCAACUAAUUUUUCUGCUGAAUUUCUUGUUUCUCUUUCCCGGCUUUCGCAUAUGAGGAGAAAUCUGGAGCCAGGGUUUGGCCACAACUCGUCCACAAUGAUCGUUGUAAAUACGCCGAGCCAGGAGCUCGCCUUCACCAACUUCGCUUACUGCUCCGCCGGCGAUUUCCGGAAGUUUGAGAUCCGUGGAUCCAACUCUGCUCAGGUUAUCGUUGGAGAUUCUGUGGUUCUUCCCCUUAUUAGCCAUAUCAACGUUAGUGAUGGUCAAAUUGCUCUGAAUUCUGUCCACCGUCGGCACACAAAAGUAUCUGCUGGCGAUCAAAUAUCUGUUAUGCUAUUUUUUCCACCGCCUAAUUUUUCUCUGGCAUUGCUUACUCUUGAGCUGGACUAUGUUAAAGCAAAAGCCAAUAGAAAUGAAGAGUUAGAUGCCGUCGUUCUUGCACAACAUCUUCAGAAGAAGUUUAGUAAUCAGGUUUGAAAAUCCUA